AAAAUGGAUGAUUAUCAUUGAUUUUUUUUCCUUAACACUGUGUUAUCAUUUGCAAAAUUAUUUGUCAACAAAACAAAAAAAUUUUGUCUGCCCGUUGGACCUUUUUCUUUAUUUAUUUAUAUUUUUGUUACUUUUUAUCUGGCGAUAUUGUUAUUCUGGAAAAAACGAAACGAAAAAUUAUCGAAUUUUUCUUUUUUCUUCGAUUUAAUUUCAUUAUUGUUGCCCGAAAAAAAAUCAUCAAUCGAACAUUUUAAUUAUAUUCGAACUAUACAGUAAGUCAGUUGUUUGUUUUGUCAAAUGAAUAGAUGAAUUAUAGUAAGGAUAUAUUGACUGCUACAACGACACCAAGAUUGCGACAAUUGCAAUCAUCAUCAUCAACAUCAACAAUAUCGUCGUCAUCAGUGUCCAAUAAUCAACAUUAUCAUCAAAAUAAUAAACAUAACAAUUCGAAUGUAUCGAACAAUUUUAACAACAUCCUUGCAAAUAGUCAUCAAUUGAAAAACGGCUAUAAUAACAACAACAACAAUUUAGCUGACAUUGUUCAACAGUUGACAUUCAUUUCAUCACCAUUGCCAUCAACGCAUCAAACGUCUAAAGAUCCGAUUAUUGAACAAACAACAACAAAUAUAAUGAUGUCUACAAAUAGUGAUGGUAAUAUGGUUAAAGGUGGUAGCGGUGGUGGUGGUGGUAUAAUUACUAAUAAUAUUAGUGAUAAUAAUAAUCGAAAAACGAAUUCAAAUAAAUUAUCGGAUAAACAAGUAAAAAUUGGUGAAAUUGAACCAUUAUUAUCACAAGCAACAACAACAUCAUCAUCAAAUUCAACAUCGGCAACAAUAUCACCAAUACAUGAAACAUAUAAUGCUGCUAAUAAAACAACGGUAAUUAUACAUGAUAAUAGUAAUAAUAAUAACCAUCAUUAUCAUCAAAAUGAUGGUCAAUCAUCAUCAUCAUCAUCAUCGUCAUCGUCGUCAGUUCAUUUAACAAUGGAUCAUGGUUUAUCACCACAUCAUAGAAAUAAUAAUAAUAAUAAUAAUGGUCUCAUUCACCAUCAACAUAAUCAUCAUCAUCAUAAUAUUCAUAAUGAAAAUGAUUUAUUAAAUUCAAUAAAUGAAGAAGAAUCUAGUUCAUUAUUAAUGUCAACACCGGAUAAUAAUUAUAAUCAUCAUUUACAUUCACAUUAUACAGUGAUACGUACACAAUCAUUGAAAAAUAUUAUACUUUUAAAUCUUUUAUCAAUGGUAUUUGUUUCGCUCAAUAUGACUUUAAAUUUAUUAGUAAUAUCGGUUAUACAUGAACGAAUACCAAUGCAAGAACCACAUCUGCCUGAUAUUGCAUUCGAUAUAUUACCUGAUCAUCGUCAUUUUCUUGAUAUUUCUGAAUAUGUUAUUGUUAUACAAACUGUUUGUAUAGGUCUUUUAUUAUUUUUUCAUAAACAUAGAUCGACAAUAUUACGACGAAUAUGCAUCAUAUUGGGUAUCAUUUAUUUUUUUCGUGCACUUUGUUUGGCAUCAACACAGCUACCAUUGGCUAGUAAAAAUUAUUCAUGUUCACCACAGCUAAAAAAUUCAUCCCAAUAUGAAAAUAUAACAUCAUUACAAUUUAUUGAAAUUAUUGUUUCACGUGUAUUUUAUAUGAGUCUUGGUAUGGGUCUUUCAAUUAAUGGCCAUCAUACUUUCUGUGGUGAUUAUAUUUUUUCUGGCCAUACAGUGAUAUUAGUUUUAACAUAUUUGAUACAGCAAGAAUAUCUGUUACCUUCACGUCGACGAACACUUGCAUGGAGAUGUGUUGAUAUUAUACAGAUAAUAAUGACUGUAACAAGUAUAAUUUGUAUAUUAAUUGCACGUGGUCAUUAUUUUAUUGAUAUAAUUAUUGCCUAUUAUGUUACGACAAGAAUAUUCUGGAUCUAUCAUACAUUGUGUUCUUUCAGUGCCAUUAAUCUAAAAUCAACUUCAAAUCAUUUGAAUCGUGUUUGGUGGUGGCCAAUAUUUGUUUAUCUAGAAAAUAUUCGUGUCAUACCAAAUCAUCAUUCACAACAAUUAUCAAAUCAUUAUAGUCAUUCAAAACAUCAUCAUCAUCAUCAUUUAAAAAAUGAUGAUUAUUAUCGUGUCAAUCAAGUACAAAGAAUAUUUGAAUGGCCAUUACCAUGGCCAAAAAGAUUUGCACACCGAAAACAUCAUCAUCGUUCACAUCAAUUUACUGCUUGAAAAAAAUAAUAUGGAAAUCAUCUUUUGUUAAAAGAUUAUUCUGUUGCUGUUGACAUUCGUUUUCGAAAAUGAAUCUGUAAUGCAAAAAAAACAAUGAGUGUGAUACUCCAAGUCGAGAUUGU